AUGACUUCCAACCCAUCCUACGGCAAGACAAGCAGCGGCAUCGAGAUCGCCCAAGCCUACGCAGACAGUAUCAAAGGCAAGACCGCACUCAUUACCGGUGUAUCGACUGGUGGUAUUGGAGAUGCCAUCACUCGAGCCUUUGCUCAUGCAGGCGCUGCGACCAUCAUUAUCACUGGUCGUGAUGAUGCUAAGAUGUCCGCCGUCCGGAAAGCCCUCUCUGCCGACUAUCCAGGCACCAAGUUCCGCUCCCUCAAAUUAAACCUCAACUCUCUCGCUGCCUCUAAGAAAGCAGCGCAGGAGAUCCUUGAAGACGCUUCAAUCAAGCAGGUCGACAUCACUGUUGCGAAUGCUGGCUUUGGUACCGGCAGAGACGAACGAGAAGUCACUGAGGAUGGCAUCGAGUCCCACUUUGGCGCGAACCAUCUGGCGCACUUCGUCUUCAUCACCACCCUGCUUCCCAAGAUCAAAGCCGCAGCAAAGAAGAACCCACCUGGUGCAACCCGUAUCAUCACCUUGAGCUCUAACGCAAACGCAGCCAGCCCCAUCCGCUUCAGUGACUGGAACUACGAAAAGCACUCUACCGACGUGCCUGACGACGAGCAACCUAGUUGGAUCCUUCAUCCACUCAUGGAUCUCCCUGCUGACCCUGUACCUUUCUCCUUCCUGGUUGCAUACGGACAGUCUAAGACGGCUAACGUGCUGAUGGCCGUCCAUCUCAACAAGCUUUUGUCGAAGGAGGGUAUCGCAGCAUUCUCACUGCAUCCCGGUGUUGUGGGGAGCACUGGGCAGAAAGCGCUCAUUACCCCAGCUCAGAGUGCCAAAUUGGAGGCCAUGUUGGGAGCACCCAAGACAAUCGAUCAAGGCGCUGCAACGGCUGUGGUGGCGGCCUUGGACCCGGGCUUGAAGGGUGGGGAGAAGGUUUAUUUGGACGACUGUCAGUUCACCGACCAGGUUCCGGCAUGGGCUACAGAUGCCCAGGCUGCAGAGAGGCUUUGGAAGUUGAGUGAGAAUAUUGUGAAGGAGAGGCUGGGAUGA